GAGCUGCCUCCGUCUCAACGAAAAAGAAAACGGGGCACUUGCCAUGGGUGAGAGAUCCCCUCUUCUUGUCAUCAUGUUCUCUCUUGCUCUACUGACCAUUAAGCUUGAGAUUUCUCAUGGUUCCACCUAUAUCCGUUGCCGAGAGAGAGAGCGGAAAGCCCUGAUCGACUUCAAGCUCGGACUCCGUGAUCCUUCCCAUCGUCUCUCUUCCUGGGUCGGGGAGGAUUGUUGUACCUGGGAAGGCGUCGACUGCAGCAACAUCACUGGCCACGUUACCAAGCUCGACCUUCGGAAUCAACACAACGAGGACAUAGUUGACUGCUCUGACGAUAAUACGUUUGACAUUUUUGCGCUACAUACCGGAUGCAAAUGGGCACUGCGUGGUGACCUGAGCCCAUCGUUGCUUUCUCUGCGGCGCCUUCAUCACUUGGAUAUCAGCGGCAACUAUUUUAAGCGUAACCACAUCCCUGAGUUAUUGGGAUCCUUGACGAGACUAACGUAUCUAAAUCUCUCAAAUGCAGGCUUCGUGGGUAGAGUACCCGAUCAGCUGGGGAAUCUCUCUGCCUUGCUCUACCUCGACCUUUCUUAUGACGGAGAUGAUUUCUCUCGAAACUUGUUCAUCGAAAACCCUGAAUGGAUCUCUCGGCUCGCUUCACUUCGGCGUCUGAAUUUGAAUUCAGUCUAUUUUAGAAGUGCGUCCAACUGGUUACGAGCAUUGAACGCCCUCCCUCAUGUUCGAGAAGUUGAAUUGUCUGGCUGCUACUUGGGAACCUUACCUCGUUCGCUUCCUUAUGUCAACUUCACAUCUCUCACCAGACUUGAUCUUGGAUAUAACGGUUUCAACUCUAGCAUACCAGAUUGGUUGCUUAAUAUUACUAGUCUCCAGUACCUUUACCUUGGUUACAAUUCUCUCUCGGUCUUCCUUCCUGCCAUUGCCAAGCUGACAUCUCUCAGGGCACUCGACUUGUCCGAAAAUUUGUUCCACAGGGGCUUUAUACCGAGAACUCUGUCCGACCUCUGCAAGCUCCAAAGCCUCCGACUAAGUGGCACGUUUAUCAACGAUUCGCUAGUCAAUUUGGAAGUGGCUUUUUCUGGAUGUCUUAAGUUCAGCUUGGAGGAAUUGGACCUUGGCUCCACUCGGCUUGGAGGUUCCAUGCGAGCAGAUUGGUUGGGAAACAUGAAGAAUCUCAAAUAUCUUGAUCUUUCUGAGAAUUCGCUCCAUGGUUCAGUGCCUGAUUCUCUUGUCAACCUGUCAUUGCUGCAAUGUUUGGAUCUCAGUAACAACAAUUUGAAUGGGUCGAUUCCCGAAGGCCUCGGACAACUGAAAAGCCUUGUCUAUUUGUUUCUCUCCGGUAACUCAUUGAACUUGUCUGAAGUCCACUUGGCUAAUCUAUCAAGUUUAAAGUAUUUGUAUAUUUCUGACAACACGUCGUUCCUGAUGGAAAGCCAUGAUUGGACUCCUCCUUUUCAACUUAUAUCACUGGGAAUGGCUUUCUGCCAAGUAGCACCGAGGCCUCAUUUUCCAGUAUGGCUCCAAACACAGAAAGAUCUUUAUACGUUAGACUUGAGGACAACAGGAAUCAAAGAGACGAUCCCUAAUUGGCUUCCUUCCGGUCUCAGGCUUUUAUUCCUCUCCAAUAAUGAGAUUACCGGCGAGGUGCCACAGUAUUUGCCGAAUCUAAUAGCUAUGGAGCUCUCAAAUAAUUCCUUCUCCGGCCGUCUCCCUCCAGGUCCCUUUUUGUUUAAGAAGAUGUACGAGCUUGAUUAACCUUGAUCUAGAAGACAACAAAUUGAUCGGAAGUAUACCGGAUUGGAGCAAAGAAAGCCUCCUGAAGCUGAAGGCACUCAGCUUAAGCUCUAAUGC